AUGUUAGAACUGGGCUGUGGUUCUGGGCUACCCUCCUUGUGCGCCUUAGCCUUAGGUGUCGAGGUCGUCGCGACCGACUUAGAAGAGCUGCCGUUGCUCUUGCUGAAGGCCGCCUACGACGCCCAAGAGCUUCCGGGCCACUUAGAGGUUCAACAGUUGGAUGUCCUCGCUGCGAUCAGCACUUCCAGAUCUUCCAGCACUUGCCCCUCCGAUGUUCAACGCUUCGAUGUGAUCGUUUGCAGCGACUGCCUUUACAAGCUCGGGUCCCCCGGCGCGUGGCGGCCGCCGGCGCCACGCGGCAGCGGAAGACCGGAUGGUCCACCGUUACUUCAGACGACGCAGCAGUCGUUUGGUCACACGUCUUAA